UCUCAUAGUCGGUAAAAAUCAAAUAAAGUGGGUGGAGCCUACGGAAGAGUUCGGGGAACAGAGAGAGAUUCGAAAACGGGACGGAGGUUGAGUUAUAACAACACAAAACGGUCGCUUUGGUUCCCGGCAGGAAAGUUCGCCCCUCCUCCUCCUCCUCCAGACCUGGUGGGCGAGGCUAGGUAUGCAAAUGACCACGGGCACGGGCUUCGCGGAAAGGACGCCGCCCACAGCAGCGCGAGGUGGCUCCAGUCGCGUCCGUGAGAAGCCGGUAGCCGAGCGUCCAACGGACUGAAGGAAGGGAGGAGGAGGAGGAGGAGAGGGCCGCGGGGGCGCGCGCUGGGGGAAACUCGCCGGUUGAGCCGCGCGCGGCCGUGGAGGGAGGUCCUUGAAGCGACACCCGCGGAUUCUUCUCCUCCGAUACACACGGCACGUCCGGCUUCCGAAGCCGCCACGCGAGAGAAAUCCGGCCCGCGGGGAAGAUGGCGAGCGUGGGGGACGGAAUGGAAGGGACGAGCGGCGGCGGCGGCGGCGGCGGCGAAGAGGAAAACUUUGAAGAUGCCUUUGAAAACAUCCCAGUGGCCACCAAGAUGGAUCUUAAGGGUGCUUUGGAAGAGUGUUCAAUGGCACUGAAUCUAUUUCUGAACAACAAAUUCUCAGAAGCUCUGGAAUUACUUCGUCCUUGGUCUAAAGGCAGUAUGUACCAUGCCUUAGGAUAUAGCACUAUUUUAGUUAUGCAAGCUGCAAUGACCUUUGAGCAACAAGAUAUCCAAAUGGGAAUUGCUACCAUGAAAGAAGCAUUACAAACUUGCCAAAAAUUCAGGAAAAGAAACACAGUGGUGGAAUCAUUGUCUAGUUUGGUUUCCAAACAGUCUGUAGAUCAGCUAAGUGAAGAGGAAAUGCAUGCAGAAAUCUGUUAUGCUGAAUGUUUACUACAGAAAGCGGCACUGACAUUUGUACAGGAUGAAAAUAUGAUCAACUUCAUCAAGGGUGGUCUCAAAAUCAGGACAAGUUACCAAAUAUACAAAGAAUGUCACCAAGUUCUCCAAAUGACACAAGACAGCAAAAGCAAGAAUGAACUGUACCACCAAUUUGAAGGAGGUGUACAACUGGGAAUAGGAGCAUUCAAUUUGAUGCUAUCCCUUUUACCAGGAAGAAUCCUCCGGCUUCUAGAAUUUAUUGGUUUUUCAGGCAACAGGGAACUAGGACUCCAGCAGUUACGAGAAGGAGCUUCUGGUGCCACUUUGCGGGCCAUUCUGUGUACUUUCACCCUACUGCUCUAUCACACUUACGUUUCAUUAAUCCUUGGAACAGGGGAUGCCAAUAUCUUAGAAGCAGAAACACUCCUUCAGCCUUACUUGCAGAAGUUUCCAAAGGGUGCCAUCAUUCUGUUUUAUGGUGCAAGAAUAGAUGUAUUGAAAGGAAAUUUUGAAAAGGCUGAGGUAACAUUCCAGGAAUGCAUUGUAGCUCAGCAAGAAUGGAAACAGAUCCAUCACCUCUGCUACUGGGAGCUGAUGUGGUCGUACUCCUUUCAGCAGAACUGGCUUCAGGCAUAUCGGUAUGCAGAUCUGCUUUGCAAAGAAAGCAGGUGGUCAAAGGCUAUAUAUAUGUUUCAGAAAGCUGCCAUUUUGUGUAUGCUUCCAGAGGCUGAGGUGAAAACAACAGGUGAAGACAUUGUAGCAUUGUUUAGGCAAGUAGAAGGCCUAAAACAAAGAAUCGCAGGGAAGUCUAUCCCAACAGAAAAGUUUGCUGUAAGAAAAGCGCGACGCUAUGGAGGUCUUCAGCCUGUGAAGCUAAUAGUACCUGCUCUGGAAAUGAUGUAUGUUUGGAAUGGCUUUUCCAUCGUUGGCAAAAGAACUGAUCUCACUGAGAAUUUGUUAGUAACAAUAGAAAAAGAAGAAACUGCUUUAAAAAAUGAAACCAGUCAUAAUGAAUACUACAUGGAUGACUUCUGUCUACUCCAGUUGCUAAAAGGACUGUGUUUGAAACAUUUAGGAAGACUCUUGCAAGCAGAGCUCUGCUUCAAUCAAGUUAUUCAAAGUGAGAAGCAAUUGAAAUAUGAUAAUUACCUAGUUCCAUAUACCAUGUAUGAGUUGGGGCUUCUGUACAAACAACAGGGUGAAAGAGAAAAAGCAAUAAGAUUCAUAGAAGCUGCAAAAAACAAUUAUAAGGAAUAUUCCAUGGAAUCCAGGUUACACUUCCGAAUUCAUGCAGCGCUGAACAGUAUGAAAGUGACUCCUGCCCCAACGCCUUGAUGUCUUUGGAGGGAGAUGUGCUAAUAGAAGCAUCUACAAGUUAUUCUUUGAAAGUUGCAAAAAUCAUGUAAAUUAUGUAACAAAAGAGAUGUAGUUUAUAUUUUCUAUCAUUUGUGAUAUCUGAAUGUUUGUCAUCCUUUUGACCAGUUCUUUUUUAUAUGGUGCACUUCCAUAUCUCUGCUUGAUCAUUUAGAGGAAGACCUUAUUUUUUGUUUAUAAAAGGAUCAGUUUCAUGGUAGGCAUGAAAGGGAAAUAUUUUUUAAAAAAUUGCUGGUGCAAUAAAGAGUAGUUGAAACAUUUAUUUUUUUAUGAGGGGACUACUGUUAUUAAUGCAUGAAACUAUAUGAUAAUUUUGUUUAUAGUUUCGUCAUUCAAAGAAAGCUUGAAUUUCUGUGAUACCUUUGUUAUGAAUUAGGACUAAAAAAAGUUGGCUGCCGGUAGCCUUAGUUGUGUCAUUUCUGCAUCUUAUAGGUUUACAUACCAAAGAUCUUAUUUAUCAUAUAGUAGUCAGAAAGAAUGAAUAGGAUAAAGUCAUUUCACGAAUGUUGGCUUAAAUUUGUGCAAUAUUUUAACAGUGGCCAAAAUCCUCUAUGUGUUUUCAUAAGGUUUCCAUAAUUUGCUGUCGCUAAUGGCUGAGGCUGCAUAUCUCAGUUACAUGUCUAGUCAUGUGCCAGAUUGUGCAACAGAGGUGUACUCUAACACUUGUCAGUCCACUGCAAUUAGCUGCAGCAGGUCACACCUACCUUACAUGAACAACAGUAGAAUUCUGGCUAAUAUAUUUCUGACCAAAAUGAAAGACUUUUUUGGGUUGCCCUCUAAAGCCGUUUUUAAUACAUGGAGGACGUAUUUCUCAAUUUUGUAGCAUUAGAACUAAAAAGAGAAAGAGAUUCUGAAUCAGAGUAGCAAUACAUAUGUUUUUCCUGCUCUACAUGUUUAUUAAUUGAUGUUGCUGGGGUGAACAGUAUCUCAGGCAAAUACGUAUCUAGUGUCCUGAGGAUACUUAAGGACCUUUCAGUUCCUGCCACCAAACUUCAGUAGGUUUGAAACUUAUCCUAUUUAUAUAUUUUAUGAAGAUAUCUUCAAAUUCCAGUUUCAUUGUGAAUGUUAAUAAAGAAAAUUUGCACCCAUAACAUUUGAUAUUAAUGCAGCUAUUCUAUAUAAAUAAAAUAAUAGCUGAAAUUCUGUUGCUUUAACAUAUGAAGUGAUUUUUCAGACAUUAAACAUUUCCAGUCCCCCCACUGAAGAUCUGGAGCUCCUUUGGGAUCCCUUUCAUCACAUGAAAGCCUCUGGGAGCCUCAAAAUGUAGGAGGAGUCUUUAAUUUCCCAGAAUUGCUUCUUCUAGUGAAAUCACCCUGCUGGCUGCAAUUUUCAGAAAUUAAAAAUCACCGCUUGUCCCACAGCCGCCAGUGGUUUCCACAAUUAUGAAAGGGACCCCAAAGGAGCAAAGGGACCUUCAUGGAUGAUUAGAAAUGUUUAAUUCCUUAAAAAUAACCACAGCUGAUGGCACCAUCAGCCUUUUGCACUGUAUGUUGCGUACCAGGAUUUCAGCCAUUGUAUGCUGUGGAACUCGCAGACAGAUGCACAUUUCUGAGGGCAUGUGAGAUGUGAGAAUAAGCCAGAACAUGCCACAUGAACCCUAUUUAAAAUUUGCACACUCAUGCACAUUUCCCAUUUCCUGUUAUUGCAAGAAAGAACACCUGAACAAACAGUAGGCUUUUCAUCCUUGAUUUAUUGAUACAUGUGAACUGAGAACUCUGGCAUCUCCCCACAAGCCAAAGUCAAAAGCCAAGAAGAAACCACAAGCAGAAUUCUAUUGGGACCUUAUUGCAGAGCAAGUGAAAUCACAUAAGUUGUGGCAAUAAAUUGUGGCUAAUUAAGUAAGUCCAAUUCACCACCACAAAAUCCCAGCAGAAGACUUGUCCAUGACGUACAACUCUGAUUUGUCCAGCAAAAGGCAAUCCACACACAUCAUGAUUGUUAAGCCACAGGUGGAAGAUUCAUUAUUCGUUUAGCUGAUCCCACUUGUAAGACAUGUCCAAGGAGAGCCAUCAAGCAGUGUCUACUGAUAGUGGAUAGGUCAAAUCAAGCCAAAAUUAUUUAGCAUUCUGGCAUAUUGCAACAUGCAAAUUCAUUUGUCCAAGGUCAUUCUCUUUCUCCAAUAUAGGGGAAACACAGCAGAAGGCAAGAACUUCUUUUAUUAUAAGGACCAAAUGUAUCCAUUGUGAAUGUUGACACGUUCCAUACAAUGCUGCAUAUUUAGAAUAGCUAGUGCUAUUAUACACUCACAAUGAUAGUGUUUCCCUUGCCAUUAGGUGCUACUUAUUUGGAAUUAUGAGCUCCAGAAUUAGUGGUAAAGUGGGAUGCUCUAUUCUGAAAUAUAACAAUUCAAAUAUAAUUUAUUGUCACAAUUGUUCAAAUUCAUAUUGCAUAGAUUGUACAUGUUCAUAAACAGCAGUACUAGGUAUAAAAUUUUAUUCUAGAUUACUUAGUACAGGUUUGCAAGCUUUAAUAAAUGGGUCUUCUCAUAACAGAUCAUUGAAAGCAAUGGUUUCUUUUUGGUUUUGGUUUUGUGUAUUUCAGUCUAUACUAGUUUCCCCCAUAAAUUCCUUUUCAGCUUUUAAUGGAAAGCACAUACAGGGUCACUGGUAAAUUCUGGCACAUGCAGCUUUUUACUUUUCAUUCCAUGUAGCAUCCUAAACAAUUAUUUCAGAUCCAGUGUGGAGCUUACAAAUAGACAGGUUUGAUUUUUUUAAGAAGACCUGUUUUGUCUGCUACCUGAUGACGGUUUUAGUUUCUUGAAUACCCAGGUCACACAAGUACUCAAAAAUAUCACAAAUUAAUUUUAAAAUAAUGUGCCAAGAGUUUCAUGUACAGAGAUCCUCAAUGUCACUUUUUUUAAAAAAUAUUCUGUUAGACAAGAACAGAUAAACAUAUGCAGAGUCACUGCUAGAUUUACAUAGUUGUGAUGUUAAAUAUAGGGAUGCAAUUGUUUACUGUGCUUAUGCCAAUCUUGCUGCUGUUAUAAUUUUACAUUGAUGUUAUUCCAUCAGUUUUAUGCUUCUGCUUUAUAUUUAAAUAUUUAUUCUUUUAGUGAUGUGUUCUUUAAAGAUACAUUUAUGCCCUCUAUUGUGCUUAUAAUAAUGGGCAAUGGCUUUUAGCUUCUAACUGAGGUGUUAAUGGGAAAUGAUACAUGUUUUAAAGGGAUAUUACUGAAGGAUCUCAUUCAUCUAAAUUAUAGUGGUUAUGGGUGCCAGCUGUCUUGUAUCUUUAUCAAGACUAGAAAAUAAUAUGGCAAAUAGAUUUAGAACAUUUUGCUAAUUGCAAUAUAAUGACAAACAGUCAUCUCCUAUAUCAGAAAAAUGAUAGUGACCUGAAAUCUGGUUUAAAUACUCAAUUGUGAAUGUUGCUUUUGUCUUUUUACUGCCUGGUACAAAUCAGUGGCAUUUAUAUUAGCUAUUUUUGUGGUCCUGAUUACAAAGUUAUUUAAGGAGGCUCACUUUACCACUGGUAUACUAAACAAAAAAGUUAAAAAGGCUAGUAGUCUGAUCUAGUGAUACUUGAUUGGAAGCAAAUCUGAAUUUGCUUAGUGGAGCAUGUAACUGUGCAUAGGAUUGCAGCUUUAGGAUGCUGAUUGCACUGAGAGCAAACUACAUACUCUUCUGUAACAGAGCAGAAUUUGGACAAAGAUGAUAUCCAUAUCUUGGUGUGAGUUUUGUCACAGAUUUCUGUUACCUUGCCUUUUUUAUGACAGAAAGGACAACAAAAUAAAGAUGUGCAUUUAAAGAAGUGUUGAGUAGUAAUGUCUUCACCAACUAAGGAACACGUCCUUGAGUUGUCAAAAGAAUGUGUAAAACUAGAUUAGUAGAUAAGCUCUUCCAGAAUUUAUAUUCAUGAAUGCCUUCACGGCGGGGAUCUCAUGGUUGUUGUGGGUUUUUCGGGCUUUUUGGCCAUGUUCUGAAGGUU